AUGGCGGUGCGUCGGCAGCUGCUGCAGUUCUUUCAGGAAUCCCGAACCGGGGGUGCAAUCAUGGUGGAGCGAUCGAGGCCCGAGACGAGGAACUGGCGCCAAGAACAGGAGAGGACAAAGGUGCUAGAGGACUCCAGCAGCAGCGUCCUAAAAGAUCGGCGUCUCCGGCUAGAAGAAUGUAUGCUGUACCAGUGUCAGCAAUGCCAUACGGUCCUGGGGGACUCACUUGAUCUCUGCGCCCAGGAGGAGAAGCUUGGCAUUAUCGCUUGUUUCAAGGUUACAAAUGAUGUUAAUGUGGAAGAUUCAGUGAUGGUCUGCAUUGAAGGCGACUUCAUGGGAUGCACCUAUAACAUGUUGAACUGUCGAUCAUGCAAUCUGAACAUAGGUAUCAAGCUGUUGUGUUCAGCAUCUUUGGCGUAUCUGCGAGGCUUCUUCUGUCUUUUCAAGGACAGUGUUGUAUGUUACAUGUUAAAAACUAAAACCACAGUCAAAGCAUCAAAGAUGACCUUUCCUACAGUGAGCCUAAAGGAACGUGUCCAAAAGUUAAAAGAAAACCUAGUGCUAAUGAACAUGCAUAUAGAAGUGCAGCAUAAGAAACUGGAAGAACGAAGCCAGCAGACAAUUGUAGCCAAGAAGCAUUGCUACAAACCAAGGCCCUAUCCCUUAGCACCUGGGCAUCGAAAAAAGUUGAACAACUGACAGUUUGAAACUAUCACGUAGUCACUACUCUGAUUUAUUUUGGAAAUACUAGCUGAAGUCUCAGAAUGACAAAAUAUUUCUUUUAUAUAAGAUGCAAACCCAUGUAUUCACCAUGUGAAUGUGAGCCGCUAUGAUAGAAAGUUUUUUCUCCCCACAGAAGUGCUUAAGUGUUAAAAUGUUGUCUCCAACCAUCUAUGUAUAAGAUUUUUUGGAGUGGAGCGCAUCUGUUUUCCCAACCCCAUGAUAUACAACUGCUGGCUGCUGGGCAAAGGGAGAACUUGUACCCUUGUCUUGGUCCGCUGCUGGGAUUCUCAUUGCUGUAGCAGGACAACAUACUUGCACUGUCCUUGAUCGUUGGAAGCGGAGACAGGGCUGCCUGUCUUUCUCGGUGUACCUAAAGAUGCUGUACAUGUGCAGAAAGUUGCAUUUUGUUUCUAGGUGUCCUGUUCUACUUUGCUUAAGGGAAUGAUUAAAAUCAAUGGAAUUAUUUAAAGGUAAAUUUCUUAGCAAAGGACUUGCUAGACUCCCAUGGGUAAAGCUAAGCAGU